ACGGGACCGUGUGGAAAGGUGUCCGACCCGGUGCGCAGCCGGGGAGACGACGGGCCCAAAAGCUGCUCACCGAAUCUUCUGGUCCCACACCUUAUGCCAAGCACAAUAUUGAGGGUGCAGUGAGUGCUUUUUUGUGCUUGCUGGAUGGGAAAAUACUGCAGCACAUAAGAGACUGCACUGUGGAAGAGGCGCACUGCAGUGAAGACCAGUCCUGGGAUCUGUCCGUGGCUGAGCUGAAAGCAUUCAUUGCUCUCCUUUACGUAAGAGGAGUGUACAAUACAAACAUUCCGCUGGACAGUCUUUGGUCUGAAGAAUGGGGGCUUGCAUUUUUCAGAGCCACGAUGCCCAAAAAUAGAUUCAAGGACAUCAUGCGCUACUUGCGCUUUGACAAGAAGGAAGACAGGUUUUCCCGUUUGAGCACAGAUAAAUUUGCCCUCAUGUCACACGUGUGGUCCAGCUUUAUAAAGAACUGUAUUGCUUGCUAUAAACCUGGGGCAUGCAUCACAGUUGAUGAGCAGCUCUUCCCCACCAAAUCACGCUGCCACUUCACCCAAUAUAUGGCCAACAAGCCAGACAAGUUUGGCAUCAAGUUUUGGUUAGCUGCAGAUGUGGAAUCAAAAUAUCUCCUGAAUGGCUUUCCGUAUCUGGGCAAAGACGACAGCACACCAGCACAGCAGCGUCUGGGGGAGAAUGUUGUGAUGAAGCUGGUGGAGCCAUAUCUGGGGAAAGGACGAAAUAUCACCACAGACAGCUUCUUCACGUCUCUCUCCCUGGCCAAGAAUCUGCUGCAAAAAAACACCAGCCUGGUAGGCACAGUCAAUAAGGCCAGACAGGAGCUUCCACCCUCAGUUCAGCAAAAACGAGAGCUGUUCUCCACAAAGGUGCUGAAGCACGGGCGCGCAACUCUCACCGUGUACCAGGGGAAACCACGCAAAAACAUACUUCUCCUCAGCACCAUGCAUCCCACUGUCUCCAUUGAGUCUGACAUAAAGAAAAAGCCGGAGACUGUAGCCUUCUACAACGCCACAAAGGUCGGGGUGGAUGUGCUGGACCGGAUGGCUCGAAUGUAUUCAGUCAAAGCCGCCACAAGAAGAUGGCCUGUUGCAGUCUUCUGUAACCUUUUGGACAUGGCUGCAAUAAAUGCCCAUGUCCUUUUCAAGGAAUGCACCUCCUCUGUCAUCCCAAGAAGAGCCUUCAUCCUCCAGCUGGCAAAGGAACUGCGGGAGGAACAUUUGCGCACCAAGCCCACUCUGACACUGGUGAAACCAGAUCUGACGCAAGAGCCAGCUGCCAUAGAAAAACGUCGGCAGUGUCAGAUCAACAGCCACUGCAAACAAAAUAAGACUUGGAUCUCCUGCAAAGGAUGCAAGCGUUUCUUGUGUGGCAAAUGCACCGCGAAGGUGGACAGCUUUUGCGCGGAGUGCACGCAGUAGGGAUCGUGCGCUGUCCGUUGCGCUGUGUUGUUUUCUUUCUGUAAGUGGUUUUUUGAUUUAUUCUUGUUUGCCUGUUUUGUUGAAGUCUUUUUGAUAUGUUAUUGUUCAAGAUGUUGCAGUAAUCUAAAUCUGUAAAUUUUACGUCUGCUUAGGAAAUAUAAUUAACUGUCAUGUAAGAUCUGUGAAUGAGUAAUUUUAAUAUGUUCUUGAUUAUUAUUGACGAUUAAAUAAUCCAACUAUUUUGUGUGUGUUGAUGUGUGUGUGCGUGUUUAUCAGGGAAACGAGUGCACGGUGUGCGAGUGAGA